GGUGAAGGACCAAACUUUAUUUUGCGCCCACGUACUACUUGACGUCCCGCAGUACGCCCUGGAACUUGGCACUGACCAUUCCUCGCGCUUGAUCCACCUACAGAAAGUGGUCAACGCCUCCCAUCUUUCCGUACUAUCAUGCCAUCUGUUGUUCAAACGCAAACCAUAAGUUCCGGAAGCUACAUGCUGAGAGAGAGGCCCGCCGAGCCACCCGUGUCUGGAUUUACCGCCGUGAAUGGACGAGGCUCUCCCCCUUCCCUCCCCGAACCACGCAGAGUGAAUGGCACGAACGGCAUGACCACUGAACCCGUCCUUCCCAGGCCCCUCUCCCAGAUCCACUCCCCCCCGCUCGAACAGAAGCCUCCUCUUCCCGUGAGGGAAGAGUGGGCGGCUCAUCGCCCAGCAGAGAACGGCGCUGCUCGUCAUCAUAACCAUCACUCGGUUUCUCCCACACUACCACCACCACGAGACGGGUCCCCCCAAAGUCCAGGCAAGAGGAAGCGCUCCAAAUCCACCGAAAUCUCCUCCCCGUACCCGUCCCCGACCGGCGACUCGACCCAAUCCAGGCAGCACCGGCUCGAUUCCUACGCAUCGGCCAGCCGUGACGAUUCUCCCCAAUCCAUCUCGCAGGCUCGUCCCGUCAUGGAGCCCCCGAUCCAGCGGACCUUACCUCCCAUGGAUGUUGCCGAACGCGACAGAGCAUGGCCACCGCAGGAAUCACACAAUCGCUCCCCCGAGUCCUAUCCAGAUCCCCAAUACCGGGAUCCUCGCGCCAUGGAACCGAAUCGUGAACCGAACCGUGAACCGCACCCAGGAACGAUCCCUCAGUCGAACGGCAGCACGAUCGAGUCGGAGCGAUCUAGCACGACAGAAAUCACACGCGCUGGCGUCCAGGUAGACCCGAAAAAGCGUAAGAGGCAAUUCGCCAACCGGACCAAGACAGGCUGUGGAACUUGUCGAAGACGGAAAAAGAAAUGCGACGAGGCUAAACCAGAAUGCAACAAUUGCAUGCGCGGAGGAUUCAUCUGCGAAGGUUAUGCGAACAAGGUUCCAUGGCCCAAGAAUGGCAUCACCAAACCCCACCCUCCACUGCAAGCCAAGGAUCGAUAUCCUCUCGAUCCUGCCCAGCUCUACCACAAUCACACUACCGGUCGUGAGCAAUACUCGGAGGGACCCCCCACCGAUGGCGGUCGUGGACAACCCAUCGUGAUUGAGGAACACGAUCGCCGAAAUGGCUGGGCUCCAGCUCAAGCCCCAACUCCAACCUGGGAGAACGCACCACCCCGACCAACAUACUCAUCUGAUCGUGCUCCACCGCCACCAGAGUACGGACCUCUUCCUCCGCCUCCUCCACCUCCUCACCACCCUCCUCAUUCUACUCAUCCAGCUCAUCCUACACACCCUCCUCACUCUUCUCAUCCUCCUCAUCCACCUCAUCCCCCACAUGCUCUUCCUUCGCCUUCCCACCCUCGACCUCCCUCUAUUGAAGCCCAUCCGCCACACCCCAGCCAAAAUGGUGGUCCUCGCCCGCACAAUCCUCGCAUCUAUCACCACACGCCACAGACGAUGAGCCAGGUCGUGAAUACUUCACCCGCUGUCACGGCCGAGGCAGCUUUGCACCACCAGUCUCAGCAGUCUCACCCGCCCCCGAUGUCUCAACCUCCUCCAACUUCUGGUCCUCCAGCCCCUCCGGCUCAUUACGCUCCACCACCGCCUCGCCCGCAGCGAAGCGAAAAGGAGAAGAUGCUGAAUGGCGAGCCCUUCAUGCCCUUCAACCCUCAACUGCUUGCCGAACGCGAGCAGUGCAAGGCAGCUUUGUAUCGACACAACAGCACUGCGAACAACCAUCUAGAGAUCACGCGUGAUGAGCGGGACCGCCACUUCCGUGCAAUUGUCGAGGCCAGAUGGACUCAGCACAUGUAUCGGGGACGCGAGCCGACAUCUCCAGGUUCUGUAGGUACCCAGGUCUUUGUGGAUACGCCAUUCCACUGCGACUACGGCUAUAACCUCCAGAUCGGCGACUGCGUCAACAUUGGUGCGCAGUGCCGAUUCCUAGACUCUAGUAGGAUCUUCAUUGGCAGAAACACAACCAUCCAAUCUGGCGUCACCAUCGAUACCCAGAAGGUGCCGACCGACUUCAAGAGUUUGAAGGGUAGUCGGGGGUCUGCCGUUGCCGCCGAGAUUUACAUCGGCGAGAACGUCUGGAUUGGUGCAAAUUCCACCAUUCUCGCGGGCGUGCGAAUUGGCACGGGUGCCAUCAUCUUCCCUGGAUCCGUUGUCGUUCGGGAUAUUCCACGAGAUGUCGUUGUUCGUGGCCCCAACGCUGAGGUGCGUGGUGUCAACUGGGAUGAUUGAUCAUGGCAUUUACUGUUGUCCUACAAAAACCUUUGUUAGCAUGUUCACUCAUGACUGCAUCGUUUCACGCUUCGUGUCACGGAAUGACAUUAUGAAGCUUUGAGUUACGCUUCUUUUUACAUUUCCUUUGGAGGAUACCCUGUUUACGUACUUGAUUUUCUCUGGCGUUUAAUCUAUUAGGAGGCUGUAUGAUACCACGCGUUCAAAUGCACAUAUUUCGGGCUUUUUUUCCUCUUAACAAUUUUCUAUCAUUUUGAUCGGCUAAAACUG